AUGGAAUCCCUCUCAGACACUGAUUGGGAUGUAGUCAUCAGCGGCACGGGACUUCAGCAGUCCCUAUUUGCCCUGGCCCUUUCGCGAUCAGGCAAGAACAUUCUCCACGUCGACGCCCAAGGCUACUAUGGGCAACACGAAGCUGCCUUCAGCCUCCAAGAGGUGGACGCCUGGGCUGCCCGGCAUGCUUCCCCAGACGCGACUGGACUUUUUCGCGCCGUCGAGGUGACCAAGGCGGAAGAUGGCCUGCCGUCGCCGCGGGCCUACAGCCUGGCGCUCGCACCACAGCUCAUCCACGCUCGGUCCGAGCUUCUCGGCAAGCUCGUCUCGUCCAAGGCCUUUCGGCAAAUUGAGUUCCAGGCUGUCGGGUCGUUCUUUAUCUUCCAGCGCGGAACGUCGAAAGACGCGACGAUGCCUGUCCUCGCUCGCAUUCCGUCAACGCGAGAAGACGUCUUCUCGAGCACAGCGAUUCCGGUCCGAGCGAAGCGGUCGCUGAUGAAGUUCCUCAAGUUCGUCCUCGCUUACGAGUCAGAGCCGCAGGCGGAACUUUGGAAGCCACACGCUGACAAGCCGCUCGCUGAGUUCCUAGCCUCCCAGUUCAACCUUGAUGCUACGCUGCAGUCCUAUAUCAUCACCUUGACUCUCAGCCUCGAUGGGAACAUUGCGGUCGAAGAUGGACUGGCGGUCAUCAGUCGCCAUCUGAGCUCGAUGGGUGUAUUUGGCGCUGGCUUCGCGGCCGUCUACCCGAAAUGGGGCGGCCUAUCUGAAGUCUGUCAGGUGGGCUGUCGUGCUGCUGCCGUUGGCGGUGCUGUGUACAUGCUCGGCACUGGCAUCACAGGCGUUGCAAAGCGAGAGAACGAGUCAGCCUGGAUGGACAUUUCUCUCUCCAACGACACGGUCGUGAAGACGAAGAAAUUAGUCCGUGGUUCAGAAACCAGUCCUGAAAAGGCCGUGUGCCUGACGCGAACCACAGCUGUGGUUGCAGCCGCCCUGCCAAAAUUAUUCGAAGCAGUGGUUGAAGGGUCGCCGACCCCGUCCGCCACUGUCAUAGCAUUCCCUACCGGCUCAGUGUCUGACGGCAAUGGACAUACUUCAGAGUAUCCCAUUUACGCUAUGGUCCACUCGAGCGACACGGGGGAAUGCCCUACUGGUCAAUGUAUCGUCUAUCUAAGCACCAUUUCCACAGCCUCGUCCAAGGCGCUCUUGGAGACGGCACUGUUAUCACUCUUACACGCCGCUACUGCCGUUGGGGGCCAGGCGAUCCCUGAAGUUGUCUAUAAGCUGCAGUACGAGCAAGUAGGCGCGAAAACGCCCUCGUUGGACGUGGAUGAAGAAGGCAUCGUAACUUUCGGCGCUCCAGUGCUAGACUUGGCGUUUCGCGAUACCACGCUGCAGCCCGUCCGCCAGGCCUGGGAGAAGCUCACCGGCUUGGCGGGUGAGGAGGCCGACGCCGAGUAUUAUGUGUUCGAAGACCGCGAAGGCGUAGAUGACGAAGACGACGUGUUUGACGGUUAG